AUGGACAUCCUCCACAUCCCACUCCUGAUUUGGGUCUCUGACUAUCGCUUCAGAUCGAGCCCUGAGUACAAUACACCUCUUCGCCAUCACCGUCGGACGCCUUCAGCCGCCAGACAGGUCAAGGAAUCUCUCAAUGCACGAUCCGAAUAUGUCACCAGUAAAGACGACGGUGUCGCAGAGCAUCGCAUCAAUCAAUAUGUUAUCAAGCAAGAGAUUGGCCGCGGAUCCUUUGGGGCAGUCCAUCUAGCCAUCGACCAGUAUGGGAAAGAAUACGCCGUCAAAGAAUUCUCCAAAGCGAGACUGCGCAAGCGAGCACAAUCACAUAUCCUCCGGAAACCUCUGUCCCAAAGGCGUCGGGGAGCACUGCAGGGCUUCAAUUCUCCCUUGCAUCGAAAUGUCGGCAAUGAGGGGGAAUUGCAGGCCAGCUCAAUAGACCUGAUAAAAGAGGAGAUUGCCAUCAUGAAGAAAUUGAACCACCCAAACCUGGUCUCCUUGAUCGAGGUGUUGGACGACCCGUCAGAAGAUUCGCUGUACAUGGUAUUGGAGAUGUGCAAGAAAGGCGUGGUGAUGAAGGUUGGCCUGGAAGAAAGAGCAGAUCCAUACCCCGAUCAUGUCUGUCGAUACUGGUUUCGAGACCUGAUUCUCGGAAUCGAGUAUUUGCAUGCUCAAGGUGUAGUGCAUCGCGAUAUCAAACCUGACAACUGCUUGGUCACCGAAGACGAUGUGCUCAAGGUCGUCGAUUUUGGUGUCUCGGAGAUGUUUGAAAAGGACUCGGAAAUGCUCACCGCAAAAUCCGCGGGCAGUCCAGCGUUUCUCCCGCCGGAGCUCUGUGUUGCUCGACAUGGCGAUGUAUCCGGGCGCGCGGCGGAUAUUUGGUCAAUGGGAGUGACUUUGUACUGCUUGAAGUACGGAAGAAUCCCAUUUGAGAAGACGAACAUCUUUGAACUUUACGAGGCUAUCAAGGCCGAGGAGCCGGACUUGGGUGACGAAGUAGACGAAGAUUUCCGGGAUCUGAUGAACCGAAUAUUCGAGAAAAACCCGCGGAAACGUAUCAAAAUGCGGGAGCUGAGGGAACAUCCAUGGGUCACAAACAAGGGCACUGACAAGCUGCUUCCGGAGGAGGAGAACACCUCUGACCUCGUGGAGCCCCCUACAGAGGCUGAGAUGAACGCAGCAAUUACCAAGAACAUGAGAAAUCUCAUGACAGUCGUAAAAGCUGUCAACAAAUUCAAGUCUCUUGUAGGAAAGGAUAAGCCUAAGGGUAUGACUUCGAUCCUGGGUGAUCAAGAAGGCGCCCAUUUCUCUCAACCCCCGGCAACUAUGCCCAGAGACCCCGGAUCUCUCCCCCCGAAAUCACAUAGUUUCAAUGCCUUCGGUCAAGAGCAUACAAAGAGAGAACCACGGAUCGAAGACCUCUCUCAAGAUGUAAACAAGUUGAAUGUACGACCGGUGCCUACGUUAAGUAUAGACGACACGACGAAGAGCGAAGAGCAGAAGGGAGCUGAACAAGGGAGGGAGACUGGCGACUCCCCUGGAUUGCUAAGCCACACAAUGACCAACACAGAUGACUCGCUCUCGAGGGUCCAGACCAUGGCAGACAUCGAGAAGCUCGACCCAACCAAGCUACCUCCUUUCCGAUCACUGAAACCACAUGCAAACACUACUGACGAGAUAGGCCACCGAGGUCACGCACAUGAUCCCCUAGAAGACCAACUGUACCUUUACAUUGGCCCAUCGACAUUCUCGGGGACCAGCUCUAGCACGGAUGAUGACAGGACGUUUGUGCCAGCCGACGACGACGUGCCCAUUGUGAGCGAAAGCCCUGGAGCAGCCGACCUGGACAUUUAUGAAACCGCGUAUCGAGACGAGAUUGAACGAAUCAUGGCUCGAGCCAAGGAGGAGAAGAAAGAGCCCAACGUCUACCUCACAAGACGCGUAGAUGCCAAGUUGCUGGCCAUCAGCGGACUAGCAGGUAAAUGGGCGGCCAAGGGCGAAGAAGCCAAAAAUCAGAUCAAAGACUAUACGCAAUUCUCUGCCCGAAAAGCCCGGGUGACCGAAGUCAGCCGUGCACUACGACAAGCGGCAAGAGAAGAGUACGAGAGAAGGAGGCAGGAACACCGAGAAUGGAUUGCCGCCGAGAAAGCAGAACGAGCAAGAGCCAAAGAAGCAGAGGCCUCCAAAUCCAGCACACCUCCACCAGUCGGGGGUGGAGCUGAUGUAGAAGAGAACAGGCCCCUUAGCCCCCAAUCGCCUGGGAAGCACUCGUCAGUAUGGAAAGGUAAGGCCGUAGAUGCCGGGCGACAAGCGAGAACCUCUCUCAUGGGCUUUGUGGAUAUGGUUAAGAGCAAGAGCCGAACACGACCGAAAGACGAAGCAGGCUGA